AUCUUUUGCUUUCUUCUUAACUACCACCAAUGUUUUGUUUUUUAAAAUUGCUACAUAAACCUCACAAUCCAUCAGUUUACUUCCCAUGGCCCACUAACCCUAAAUCUAUCCCAAAAAAAAAACAUGCACAACAAGGUCGAUUCGUUACCGGUUCGAUCGAACCCAUCAACCCGGCCUAUAUCCCGUCACCACUCGGCGAACAACAUCGUUCAUCGGGUCAAAGAAAGCCUCACAACAAGAGUCUCUAAACUCAUAUGUGCCAUUUUCUUAUCUCUUUUACUAUGUUUAGGCAUUAUCACUUUCAUCUUAUGGAUCAGUCUACGACCACACCGACCACGCGUCCAUAUCCGCGGGUUCUCCAUCUCGGGUCUAUCCAGGCCCGACGGGUUCGAGACAUCACAUAUAAGCUUCAAGAUAACGGCUCAUAACCCAAACCAAAACGUCGGCAUUUACUACGAUUCCAUGGAAGGAUCCGUUUACUACAAAGAGAAACGGAUCGGGUCGACUAAACUCACUAAUCCGUUUUACCAAGACCCAAAGAACACGAGCUGGGUCGACGGAGCCUUACGUCGACCCGCAAUGGCCGUGACUAAGGACCGCUGGAUGGAGAUGGAACGAGACAGAAAUCAAGGGAAGAUAGUGUUCCGUUUGGAGGUAAGGUCCGUGAUACGUUUUAAGGUGUACACAUGGCACAGUAAGAGCCAUAAGAUGUACGCAAACUGUUAUAUUGAAAUCGGUUGGGAUGGAAUGUUGUUGAGUGGGACUAAAGACAAGAAAUGUCCAGUUUAUUUCACUUGAACAAAAGUGUAUGUGUCUCCAUAAUAAUUUACAUAAAUCCAU